AGCUUCUUCCUAUUUCCCCUCUCUCUCUCUCUCUCUCUCUCUCUCUCUCUCUCUCUUGCACAGAGUCUGGUUGUCAAGUUUUCAUCUUUGCUUGUUCUUCUUCCCUUCUCUCGUUCAUGUUCUCUCUGUUUGUGUUCUGCAUCUCUUAAAACACAUCAAAUUUGAUUUCAAACUUUUUAUUCUAAUCAAACAUUCACUUGUUAAUCGAAAGAAUCAUGGAUUAUCUGAAAAGGGAAAUGAGUUAGUACCAGAAAGCAGAAGAAUUACUUCGUAAAAGGUCUAUAAUUAUGCGAACAUUGUGUGAUGUUUGCGAAAGUGCUGCUGCGAUCCUCUUUUGUGCUGCUGAUGAAGCUGCUCUUUGUCGUGCUUGCGACGAAAAGGUGCAUAUGUGUAAUAAGCUUGCAAGUCGGCAUGUAAGAGUAGGACUUGCUGAUCCUAGUGACGUACCACGUUGUGACAUAUGUGAAAACGCACCUGCUUUCUUCUACUGUGGAAUCGAUGGAAGUUCUCUGUGCUUACAGUGUGACAUGGUUGUUCAUGUUGGUGGUAAACGAACACAUGGAAGAUAUCUGCUACUAAGGCAACAAGUCGAGUUUCCAGGUGAUAGAAAUGGAAAUGGUCGUGAAGAUGAGUUAGGGUCACAACCCGUGGAUCCAAAUAAUCCACCCAAGCUUACAACAAGAGAUAAUCAUAACCAUAACCAACAUCAUAGGUUAUCUGCCAUAGGAAUGAUGGAAAAUAAUAAUAAUACAGAUAAUGUUGGUAGGAUGGAAAAUAAGAUGAUUGACCUUAACUCAAAGCCUCAACGUAUGCAUGGUCAAACUUCAAAUAAUCAGGAACAAGGAAUGGAGAUUAGUGGUGGUAAUAAUGAAUGUGCAAGUGUGGUUCCUAUUGGCUCUUUUAAAAGAGAACCCGAGAAAUAAUUUAGUAUGAGAUGGUCUUGGAGGUUAUCAAAGCAGUGUAUGAGGGAGGGAGGGGAUUAACCGUUUUGAAGGCAGACUUUUACCAUUUGAUAUCGGUGGUAAUCCUCUCUCUUUCAAAUGUGGCAAAUGCUAAUAUUGAUGAUAAGAGUUCCUUACUAUGAAGGAAAAUCCAAGAUUGUUGGUGGAUCAAAAAAUCCGAAUUUGUAAUUGUUUAUAAAUGUGUUUCGUUAUCUUUGAAUUAAAUCUCAUGCAAUUUUAGAUUUUGAUGUAUUUAUUUGUUUUUUUUUUUUUUUAAGUUAUAAACGUCUAAUGGUCGACAAGAUUUAAUUCGGUAGACUAUGUAUGAAUGUUACUUUUCUCAGUUAACUGCAUAAAGAACGACUUAAUAGAAAAAAAAAAUAGUGAAAUAAGGUUUUUAUGAUGA